AUGAAAUUGCUGUUUAUAUUAUCCCUCCUUCUCCUGGCCGGCUCUGGAUUGGGGUUGAAGUUCCUGGUCUACAAUCCCAAAUUCGGCGGAAGCCAUGCGUUGUUGAUGGGAAAGCUGGCGGAUGAGCUGGCCGGAGCCGGUCAUGAAGUGGUAAGUCCGUUGUUUUUGCUUGUUAUGUUGUAGUAGGUAGAAAGUGCAACAUUUAGUCAAAAACCGGCGCAAAUUCAGCGCUUCUUGGUCAAAACAGCGAAUAUGGCUUCUAAUGAUGUGGUUGUUGUUUAGGUAGUUGUCCAAACGGUGCUAAACGAGAAUUUGACGUAUGCUGGUCACACCAACAAGAAGAUCAGGCUGAUCGAAGUCCGCGUGCAAGCGUCAAUUGCGGAACUCAGCAAGGACGGAGAUAAGAUGUGGACCACGGAGAAGUCGAAUACUGUAAGUAUUCUGUUCAUUUCCCCUUUUUUUGAUCAAUUUUCCAUCAAUCGUCAUGUGUAAUAUCGAAAAUUGGGAAAAUGUCAAAAUUACCUAGUGUUUUUCUAUUUUUAGAACCUGCGUUCCAUUGGCAAGGUGUUCCGCGACGGAUGCUACGAGCUGUACAACAAUAAACCGGUCAUCAACGAGCUGAAAGGCGAGCAUUUCGACCUGGGAGUGGGCGAAUGGUUCGAUGUCUGCGGCCUGGGUCUCUUCAAGAUGAUCGGCCUGCAAAAGUGGAUCACCGUGUUCGGCUCGGCCGUUCCUCCCCAAUUCAUGUCCAUGCUCGGGGUUCCGGCGUCGGUUAGUUUUGUGCCCGGACUUUUUGACGCAUCCGAAGCAAGGGGCUUUUGGACCAGAUUCGAGAACGUUUUCGGGUUUUUGUACGCGGAAAAGUACAUCUUCCCCGGAUUCCUCGGCAGCAUCGGAGAAGCCUACGAAGUUUUCGACAGCAAUUUGGAUUACAGGGUGGGACAUUUGGGUCUUGCGACAAAAAUUUAUAUUAUCCAUGAUAAGUUUUUCUUAUUUUUGAAUUUUCUUUCUGUUUUUAGGACCUCAUUGCAAAUAGCUCGUUUUUCUGGGUGAAUACCGAUGAAUUUGUCGAUUUUCCUCGUCCCAUUUCGCAUAAGUACGUGAAUAUUGGAGGAUUUGGAAUGAGAAAAAAUGGGAAGAAUAGUGUCCUGGAGCCAAAAUAUCAAAAGAUCUUCCAAAAAGCGGUGAAAGGAGCGAUCUACAUGUCAUUUGGGUCUGUUGCGCAAAGCCAGCUUAUGCCCGCGGAGAUGAAGUCGGCCUUUUUGGAGGCUUUCAAGGAAUUCCCGGAAGUUCAGGUAAGCAUGGAUAAUAUUGCGGGUUUGGGGUGAUUUUUGCGCAACAUUGCGGUGGAUUUUGGUUUAUAUAGGAACGAGAGGUCAUUAUAUUGCGAUUUUAUGUUCAAAUUUUGUUUUUGAAAGGCGAUUUCAGGCACAAAAAGCGAUUAUAUUGUAGUAGAUGUGUUAGGUAUUAGUUUCAAGUUGGUGAUGUCUGGUUUCAAGUGGUAUCUUACUUCAAAGGGCUUAGAAUCAUUAGUUUAUUACCAGACUUGUCGACAGCCCUGUGAUUUUAAUUUUGUUUAUGUUAACCGUGAUGAUAAUCUUGUUUGUCCAAAAUUGCUUUCGUAAUGAUGUUCUGUUUUCUUAUCAAAAUAAGAAGUAGAUAAAAUAUCACGUCCAAGGAAUACUGGAAUGCGGGAAAUACAAAAGCGAUUUGAGAGGUUUUCUUGAACGUUUUGUAUUGGGCAUGAUUUACAUAAUAGAGAUACGAGUUUUUGCAAUUUUUUUUGUUGAAAAAUUUUGUGAAAAACGAUAACCCUGUGAAGGGUGGAUCUUAAAAAAUCCUGGAUGUAUCUUGCUGUGUCAAAUUUGCAAUGAAAAAGAUCGAAAUUUUAUGAGGUUUAAUAUAAAGUAAGGUCAGAAAUGGCUCGAAAUGGAUGAAAUACAGUGAGGGACCGGAUCCAAUGGCAAAAAACGUCUCAUUUUGCAUCCCGGAAGGGACGAAAAUGUCUCCAAACCAUUCCUUUCUCUAGGCUAAAAAACCCCGCUUUGAAAAGCCGUUGAAGGAAGGGGUGCGCUUUUCAAAGCUUUCCGGGAUGCAAAAUGAGACGGUUUUUGCCAUUGGAUCACUGUAGUCGGCAAUUGGCACUUUAUUUUUUCUAUCUCAAGGAUUUCCGAGGUCUAAGAUAUAGUGGGGGACCUGAUCCAUUGGCAAAAAAACGUACAAUUUUGUAUCCGUGAAGCAUCAAAAAUGUGGCAAAAUGUUUCCCUCUCCAAGUGAAAAAACUUCGUUUUAAAGGGCGCCUCACAAAAAGAGCUAGCGCGUUUUUGAAAUCGGAGUUUUUUCACUUGCAGAAGGAUGCAUUUUGCCACAUUUUUGACACUUCCCGGAUGCAGAAUGGUACGUUUUUUGCCACUGGAACAGGUCCCCUCAUUGUACCUGUUUUUUAGUUUAUUUGGAAAUACGAAAACGAAUCGGACCACAUCACCGCUAACUACUCGAAUGUCCAUGUCGAGAGAUGGCUCCCUCAAAGAGAGAUUAUUUCCCAUCCAAAGGCCCUAAUCUUCAUCACUCAUGGAGGAAUGAACUCCAUUACCGAAGCCACAUACGCAGGCAUCCCGUUGAUCUGUGUCCCGUUAUUUGGAGAUCAACUUCGAAAUGCGGCCAUGGUUCAAGCGAAAGGAACAGCGAAAGUUAUAAAUAAAUUUGAUUUGGUGAACAAAGAGAAGAUUGUGGAGGUUCUGACGGAGGUGUUGAAUGAUAAAAGGUGGGUUGGCGAUGUUGUAGUAGACUAUGCGGGGGUAAAAGGUUUUUUUGGAGAAAAAAAAACCUUUUAUCACUGCAAAGUUGGAAAGGUCGGGUGUUUUGGGAAAUCCCGAAUGGGGCUUGCAAGCACCAUCUAAGAUUUUUACAAGUGAAUUUGUGGAUUUAGAGAAAAUCGGAUAUCUUUUUUGGUCAUCUCCAUCCUAAAUCCCGGAGUUUGACGAUUGGGGAAAAAUACGAUCGAGGAAACCGAAAAGUACUAUUUUUCUUCGAUGCAAGUGUCGAAGUUAGGAUAAUCGAGGGUGCUGAUUUUGAAAAUGACAUUCAUUUUUUUCUGAUCUUUACUUUUUUCCUUAAGUAGUACUGUAAAGUAGUAAUUUUUUGAAUUUUUUUCACAAAUACUCGAUUUGGGGGCUUUCGGCCUUGCUGACUUCGAAAAUCUUAUUUAUUUUUUCUGAUUUGAAAGCAGCACCGAAAACCCUCAAAUCGAGUAUUCAUGAGAAAAAAUCAAAAAAUUACUGCUUUACAGUACUACUUAAGGAAAAAAGUAAAGAUCAAAAUGAAUGUCAUUUUCGAAAUCAGCACCCUCGAUUAUCCUAAUUUCGACACUUUCAUCGAAGAAAAAUAGUACUUUUCGGUUUCCCCAAUCUUACUUUUCCCCAAUCGUCCCAGUUCCCCUAAAUUCAUAUUUUUUAGAUACAAACUCCGCGCCCAAGAGCUCAGCCAACUCCUCAAAGACAAACCGGACACCCCCGAACAGAGAAUAAUCAAAACGGCGGAGUUCGCCGCCAAACACGACGUUCACAAACACCUGGAGUUGGCCGGAAGAAACAUGAACAUUUUCCAAUAUUAUAAUGUGGAUGUGUUCUUAGCUAUCCUGGUUCUGAUCAAUCUAACCGCACUCGGUUUGGCAGUGGCUGUCAUCUUCUUCCGGACUUUGUUUUCAAGUGAAGAGGAUGAGGAGGAAGAGGAAGAGAGGGAAAAGGAAGAUUAA